AAACCACAUUCAUCGGUGGGAAAUUCAAACGACUACGAUCACACAAUGAAGUGCAACGCAACGAUCGUAACCUUUGUGGUGCUGGCGGUGUUGUUUGGUGCGUGUGGCGUGUCGGCCGUUAAGGGUGCACGGAUGGAGGCUGACCAGGUUCGACGCAUUCAUCAAAAUGCUCGUGAGUGUGUGAAGGAGACGGGUAUUCUGCCCAAGAACGCAUUCCGCGUGCUCAGUGGAGACUUUACCAUUGACACUGUGAAGGCGAAGUGCUUCGUGAAAUGUUUCCUGGAUAAGGCUGGUUUUAUCGACGAUGAUGGUGUGAUCCAGCAGGAUGUAAUCCGCGAGAAGCUUACGGUGGGCAUCGAGGCGAGCAAAGUGAACGACCUGAUCAAGAAGUGUUCUGUGGAGGGAACGGAUGCGUGCGACACUGCCUAUCAGAUGUACAAGUGUUUCUUCAGCAAUCACAAGGUGCCGAAGGAACUGUUCCAGAUGCGUAAGGGCAUUGGGCGGCGAAAUUUGCAGCAAUGA